UCCUCACCUCUUCAUUACGGUAGUGUUGUUACGAUCCCAGUUUUUUGUUUUGAAGAGUAUAUGACUGUUGUUGGGUAAUAAGUAAAGCAAAUAAGAUGAACUCCAUACUUCUUGCUGUUGAUUGUCUUCAAUCAGCUGGCAAUAAAAAUGGGCGUUUCCAAUUUUCAUCUACUUGUGCUGCUACGAAAACAAUGGCCUAAAAAUCAAAAUAAUGUAUAGAAGGAUGAAGGCAAGGGGAGGAUUUCAUGGGCAACAAGGUGUAAAUCGAGAGAGGGAGAGACCAAACUUUUCUGACGGGGCUAGGUGCCACGCAUGGAAUUAUGAUUGAUGGGUAACGGCCUUUAAAUGGGAUGGUGGAUAGAUUUUGCAUUAUAGAACCAAAACGGCGCGUUUUCUUGGAAUGCGUUGUCCUACAGGUUCAGAGCAGUUCAUGAGCUUCUUCUCUUAUCUUUUAUCUGAAGCCUGUAAUUUUUGUAGGUUUUAAUCUGUUUCUUGGUCAAGUUUUUUUCUUUCUUUGCCUUUGCAUUUGCUUUCGAUUUCUGAUAUCUAUAGACUAUACAGACCAGUUCUCUUUUUUCUUUGAAUAUUUAGGGCUUGUUAACUUCCGAACCUAUAUUGAUAAGUGCGUGUAUAAAUAUAGAUAAGAUUAUGCAUUGUUUCUCAUGAAUCUAUGAUCCUACAAUAACCAUCUAGAUUGAUCUUGAUACUUCGGCCAAUGGGUUUUCUUUUUAUGAAACUUGUUUAUGAGCCCCCUAACUGUUUGACGAAAAGCCUUCGGAGUUGAACAUUCAGGAAAUGAGGGUUUCACGAAGCCUUGAGGUCUGGAAAAUGGGCACCAUUAACUAUUUGGAUGCACUAAGGUUGCAGGAACAGCUGGUCUCUAAUAGAAAAGCUCAUAAAAUUCCGGACACUCUGUUGUCCCUGCAACAUCCACCUACAUAUACCCUUGGUAAACGACGAACUGAUCACAAUUUAUUGAUCCCAGAGUCUGACCUUAAAAAGAUGGGAGCUGAACUUCACUACACACAAAGAGGAGGAGAUAUCACAUUUCAUGGUCCACAUCAAGCCAUUUUGUAUCCCAUUAUUUCUCUUAGGGAUAUUGGACUUGGUGCUCGUAAUUAUGUGGAGAAGCUUGAGUUAACUAUGAUUGAACUGGCAUCUCUUUACGGUGUGAAAGCUUGUGCUGGGCAAGCAGGCGAAACUGGGGUUUGGGUUGGAGAGAGAAAGAUUGGUGCUAUUGGGGUUCGAAUUUCAUUUGGAAUCACCUCUCAUGGGUUGGCCUUCAACAUCGAUCCUGAUUUGAACUAUUUUAAGCAUAUUGUACCUUGUGGGAUUGCCAAUAAAGAAGUUACGUCUUUGAGAAAGGAGACAGAUUUGGUGCUUCCUGCUGAAGAAGUAGUUCAUGAGCAGUUAAUUUCUUGUUUUGCAAGACAGUUUGGUUAUAGCAAUCUUCUUUGGAAGGAGAAUGGAUUAAUUUCGUAAAAAGGAAGGAGAAAACUGAAGGUCAUGCUAUUGUAUACCAAACAAUCAGUAUAUGGAAGCGCUAUUGCACUCCAUUUCAAUUUAUUUAUUGAAAUGUACUGCAGAAAAUGUUGAUUUCUUUUUUGAUGUUUCUAAAAAGGGUGUGUUAGUGUUGAUUCCGGUUUAUGUAUGGGAAAAACUAAUGAAAGUCGGGUAUUACAAGAUAUUGUAAACUUAUCAGAACAGCAAAAAAGUCCCGAGUUUUUGUAAUAUCUGUGGCUGUUAAUACUGUCCUGAUGUGGACCUGGGGCCGUCAAAACAGUCACAACAGCUUUGCAAGGGGAUGAAAGAUGAGCUUGAUAGAGAAAUGGUUGUUUUGGGCAAUGAACGGGGACAUUAAGGAGAGAGUCUCAACGUCGGCCAUGGUAGGGAAUGGAACCCCGAACAAGCAAUACAUUCAAGUAAAGCAUCAGUUUUGCAUGGGUUGUCCAGGGUUGGUGGAAUUUGUGGUUGUUUCUGACUUCCUACUUUAUUUUAUCUCAUCAAUAUUUGAAGGUUUCUAUGCGUUCUUUUGUAAGAGAAGAGACUAUUGAAUCGUGUUGUGAGAAUACAAACUAGAACUUCUUUAGCGUCUUAGCUGAGAGCAGCAUGUUGACUGGAAAACUGUAAUUUUUUCUUUGGUUUGAUGGAUCAUUUGUGUAAAGGGGUUGGAGCAUAGUUUGUCUUCCAACUCCUGCUGACAUAGAUCACAUGUUUCUCACAAUGAGCAGAAUCUUCCAUCCA